AUGUCAAGGAAGACUCAAUAUCAAGUAGAUGUCAAGGAAGACUCAAUAUCAAGUAGAUGUCAAAACAAGAAAGUUAAGUGGCCACCUCGCCUUGAGAAAUCUCAUUGCUGGCACCGUCCAAACCGUCACGACCGGUGCCUAAGCUACAGUGUCCGCCUAGCGCACCCUUGGCGCUGGCAUGUCCAGCAUGUGCUUGGCACCACCCAGUGGUCCCAGCUUACAGGCGUCGCCCCUAAUGGCGCUAGUCUCCUUUCCGACAUUGCCCAUGGACUGGGUUAUUCUUGCUAUACCCUAGCUGCUUCGCUGCUUCAUCUGCUUUCCAGACCCGUUCAACCCAUCGACGUCGCCCAACAGCUAGGUCCACUCAGAGGCGACAAGUUUCAUCGUGGGGNUCACGACCGGUGCCUAAGCUACAGUGUCCGCCUAGCGCACCCUUGGCGCUGGCAUGCCCAGCAUGUGCUUGGCACCACCCAGAGGUCCCAGCUUACAGGCGUCGCCCCUAAUGGCGCUAGUCUCCUUUCCGACAUCGCCCGUGGACUGGGUUAUUCUUGUUAUGCUCUAGCUGCUUCGCUGCUUCAUCUGCUCUNGGUCGUGGUGCUUCCCACAAUGGCCGCCCCAAUCACUCCAGCAAUAAAAACUCUUCCCAACAUGGUGCACGGUUUGUUUGUGAAAUUUGCGGUAAGACAUGCCAUAUUGCUCACACUUGNCAUCGUGGGGGUGGCUGCUCGGGCAGAGGAGGCAAUGGUGGUCGUGGUGCUUCCCACAAUGGCCGCCCCAAUCACUCCAGCAAUAAAAACUCUUCUCAACAUGGUGCACGGUUUGUUUGUGAAAUUUGCGGUUUUCCAUGUCAUAAGAGUGUUGAAGAUUUUAGAUGGUAAUUCUGUUAAAGAUAAUUCCCCAAGAUCCUCCGACAGUUAUGAUGACUCCAUCAAUGGCAAAGUCAAUCACAUGACAAAUUCUAGAGAUAGCUAG